CCAGCCCCUCCCCUCGCCUCCACCACCUUUGCCCGGUGGUGGUGACGUUGCGGUGUCUCUGGCGCAGACCGGACCGGAGGCUGGGGCUGGAUCCUGGCGGCCAUGUUCUCCCUGCUGUCCCUCCCCUCCUGGCUCCCCAGCCUCCCCUCCUUUGAGUGGGGCUCCGGCCUCCUCGACGCCUUCCUGCAAGGCCUCGUCGGGGCCUGCGGCGUCUCCAUCCUGAACAACCUCCUGAAGGUCUACUUCUUCGUGGGCUGUACCAAUGACCCGGAGCGGUGGCUUGAAAAGGAGCGGCUGCGGGCCCAGUGGGCCUCGCUGGAGACUGUGCACCUGGCAGGGCUGGCCCUGAUCCUGACCGCCGUGGGGGUCCGGGUGGCUGCCCUCGUGGUGCUCGAGUUCUCCCUCCGGGCUGUCUCCAUGAGGCUUACCCUGGACAAGGGCGCCCGGGGCACCGAGAGGCUGCAGCUGUACCUGCUGUGCCAGUACUCGCUGGGCUGCGGGCUGACCUGCAGCCUGAGCUUCCUGCAGGAGGGCGCCCCGCACCGCACGCUGAACCUGCUGCUGGGCCUGGGGCUGGCCGCGCUGCUCAGCUCGGGCACCCGGCGCCUCCGCCGCCACGUCUGCCGGAUCUACGAGCUGCACAGCAGCCAGCACUACUGUGGGGUCUGCCUGGUCCUGCUGGCUGGCGCUCGCAGCCUCCCCCGGGUGCUGGGCCGCGCCCUGGCCAUGACCUUUGUAGUGAGCAACCUGGCAGCCGUGGCCCUCCUCAACCGGGACUUCCUGACCACCUCGGAGGCUGUGCGCUUCUGGAUGCCGCUCACCAUCUGCUACACCCUGCUGGUCAUCUACAUGCAGGAGGGGCAGCAGCGACAUCCCGGCCUGCAGAGCCAGGUCCCGACGGUGCUGGUGCGCAUGUGCGGCCUCCUGCUGCUGCUGCUGACCGUGGGCCGCUGGCUGGACCUCCUGGGCAUCCUCAUCUCCCUGCUGGGCGAGUUCUGGUGCCUGCUGGGCACCCGCACCCUGUUUGAUCUUUGCCAGAUACAGGUGGGCACCUCCUCCCUGAACGUGCCCGGGACACCGAAGCCCCGCUCCAGGCAGCCCUGGGAGCCUCGACAGGUUUCCGGGGUGACCUCUCUUGGGGUGGGGGUUGGAGGCAGCUGUAAUCCCCUCUCCCACCUGGGGUUAACUUUUGACCCCUUGGUAGCCAGGGUCCCUAGGAAAGGGGCGGGCGCCCCCCCACCCUAUCCAGCGCCCCAAAGGCCCCCGAACAGGAGGAAGGCCCUGAAAAUCGGAAGGCUGAGGCCCCCCUGGGGGAUGGGGGAAUUGAGUGGCGCCCUCCAUCACUUCCUCCCUGCCUGCCCUCAGGAUUUUCCGUCCCAGAGGCCUUCCAAGUCAGCUCCAAGCCAGCCCCAGCCCUCGGCACCUGCCCAGCCGCAGGGGACGGUCCCCUCCUGACUACCUCAGCAAAGGACCUGGAGUCUCUCAGAGCCGCCUGGGCUCACCUGGAGG